AUGCUGCGCCUGGGGCUGUGUGCGGCUGCGCUGCUGUGUGUGUGCCGGCCGGGCGCCGUGCGCGCCGACUGCUGGCUCAUCGAGGGCGACAAGGGCUACGUGUGGCUGGCCAUCUGCAGCCAGAACCAGCCGCCCUACGAGACCAUCCCGCAGCACAUCAACAGCACCGUGCACGACCUGCGGCUCAACGAGAACAAGCUGAAGGCCGUGCUCUACUCCUCGCUCAGCCGCUUCGGGAACCUCACCGACCUCAACCUCACCAAGAACGAGAUCUCCUACAUCGAGGAUGGUGCCUUCCUGGGCCAGUCGAGCCUGCAGGUGCUGCAGCUGGGCUACAACAAGCUCAGCAACCUGACCGAGGGCAUGCUGCGCGGCAUGGGCCGCCUGCAGUUCCUCUUCGUGCAGCACAACCUCAUCGAGGUGGUGACGCCCGCCGCCUUCUCCGAGUGCCCGAGCCUCAUCAGCAUCGAUCUGUCCUCCAACCGCCUCAGCCGCCUCGACGGCGCCACCUUCGCCAGCCUGGCCAGCCUCAUGGUGUGCGAGCUGGCCGGCAACCCCUUCAACUGCGAGUGCGACCUCCUCGGCUUCCUGGCCUGGCUCGUGGUCUUCAACAACGUCACCAAGAACUACGACCGCCUGCAGUGCGAGUCUCCGCGCGAGUUCGCCGGCUACCCGCUGCUGGUGCCCCGGCCCUACCACAGCCUCAACGCCAUCACCGUGCUGCAGGCCAAGUGCCGCAACGGCUCGCUGCCCGCCCGGCCCGCCAGCCACCCCACGCCCUACUCCACCGACGCCCAGAGGGAGCCCGACGAGAACUCAGGCUUCAGCCCCGAUGAGAUCCUUUCGGUGGAGCCACCGGCCUCGUCCACCACGGACGCCUCGGCGGGGCCGGCCAUCAAGCUGCACCACGUGACCUUCACCUCGGCCACGCUGGCGGUCGUCAUCCCGCAGCCCUACAGCAAGAUGUACGUCCUGGUCCAGUACAACAGCAGCUACUUUUCAGACGUCAUGACGCUCAAGAACAAGAAGGAAAUCGUGACGCUGGACAAGCUGCGCGCGCGCACCGAGUACACCUUCUGCGUGACCUCGCUGCGCAACAGCCGUCGCUUCAACCACACCUGCCUGACCUUCACCACCAGGGACCCGGUCCCGGGCGACCUGGCGCCCAGCACCUCCACCACCACCCAUUACAUCAUGACCAUCCUGGGCUGCCUCUUCGGCAUGGUCAUCGUGCUGGGAGCCGUCUACUACUGCCUGCGCAGGCGGCGCAUGCAGGAGGAGAAGCAGAAGUCGCUCAAGGUCAAGAAAACCAUCCUGGAGAUGCGCUACGGGGCCGACGUGGAUGCCGGCUCCGUCGUCCACGCCACCCAGAAGCUGGGCGAGCCCCCUGUGCUGCCCGUGUCCCGAAUGUCCUCCAUCCCCUCCAUGAUCGGGGAGAAGCCCACCACCUCCAAGGGGCUGGAAGCUGGGCUGGACACGCCCAAGGUGGCCACCAAGGGCAACUACAUCGAGGUGCGCACGGGCACGGGCGGCGAUGGCCUGGCCCGGCCCGAGGAUGACCUCCCGGAGCUGGAGAACGGCCAGGGCUCGGCCGCUGAGAUCUCCACCAUCGCCAAGGAGGUGGACAAGGUCAACCAGAUCAUUAACAAUUGCAUCGAUGCCCUCAAGUUGGACUCGGCCUCUUUCCUGGGGAGUGGCAGCGGUGGCGGGGACCCUGAGAUGGCCUUCGAAUGCCAGUCCCUCCCUGCGGCCUCCACCACCUCCUCGACUGCCACCCCUGGGGGGCUGGAGCGGCCCAGCUUCCUCUCACCUCCCUACAAGGAGAGUUCCCAUCACCCGCUGCAGCGCCAGCUGAGCGCUGAUGCCGCCGUGGCCCGCAAGACCUGCAGCGUCUCCUCCAGCGGCUCCAUCAAGAGCGCCAAGGUCUUCAGCCUGGACGUGCCGGAUCAUCCGGCCGCCGCGGGGCUGGCCAAGGGCGACUCCAAGUACAUCGAGAAGGGCAGCCCCCUAAACAGCCCGCUGGACCGGCUCCCGCUGGUGCCGGCGAGCAGCAGCGGGAGCGGCGGUGGCGGCGGCGGCGUCGGCAGCGUCGGCGUCCACCACCUGGAGGUGAAGCCCGCCUACCACUGCAGCGAACACCGGCACAGCUUCCCGGCCCUGUACUACGAGGAGGGCGCCGACAGCCUGAGCCAGCGUGUGUCCUUCCUCAAGCCGCUGACCCGCACCAAGCGGGACUCCACCUACUCGCAGCUCUCGCCCAGACACUACUACUCUGGUUACUCCUCCAGCCCUGAGUACUCAUCCGAGAGCACGCACAAGAUCUGGGAGCGCUUCCGGCCCUACAAGAAGCACCACCGGGAGGAGGUGUACAUGGCCGCCGGCCACGCCCUGCGCAAGAAGGUCCAGUUCGCCAAGGACGAGGACCUGCACGACAUCCUCGAUUACUGGAAGGGGGUCUCGGCCCAGCAGAAGCUGUGA